UGUGUAGUGAUGGCUUUAGCAGUUCUGCAGACUCUUCUGGCAGCCUUCAGGCCACCUUUACAUGACCCAAGAAGGCAAAUGUUUAACUGGACUCACUGGAGUAUGGGAACAGCUGCUAGAAUAAUAGCAGUGGCAGCAAUCUUCCUGGGAAUGGAUUUACCAGGACUGAAUCUUCCUGAUCCAUGGAAAACCUAUGCAAUGAUUGGGUUUGUAGCCUGGCAUGUCGGGACCGAGAUUGUUCUGGAGAUACAUGCUUACCGACUCUCUCGAAAAGAGGAAAUAUUGGAUGAUGUUAGAAUUCAGAUCCUUCAGUCAUUUACUGCAGCUGAAGCAGAGGGUCAUGCUUUUAAAAAGGCAGUGUUGGUGAUUUAUGUCUGUGGGAAUGUGACUUUUCUCAUCAUAUUUUUAUCUGCAAUCAACCACCUAUGA